AUGGGUAAAGAUCGAACUGGUGUCGUAUUUGCCCUCAUUCUAUCUCUUGCUGGUGUCUCCCGCGAAGUCAUAGUUGCAGAAUAUAGUUUGAGCGAAUCGGCUCUGAAACAACACCUACCUCAGAUGUCUAAGCUGGUUCAGAAAUCAAUGCCCCAUGGUGUCGACAAAUCCGAUGUUGAGAUCAUGGCACAGCAAGUUAUAAAAUCCAGUUCGGAUUUCAUGUUACUUACACUUCAAAUGAUCGAUGAUGAAUUCGGUGGCGUUACGGAAUACCUCAAGAGCCAAUGUGGUUUGACCGAGGAUGACAUUUGCGAGAUCCAAAAUCUGCUCUUAGAAAAUAGUAUCUGA